UGACAAGUAUAUGCAUAAGUCUGCUGGCCCACAGCGCAAUUCAUUUGAAAUUAAUGAUGAGGAAACAUCUAAUGAAAGUAUUUUUGUGCUGUCAAGUGAUUCUGAGAGUAGCCUAGAGGCUAUUAAUAUGAGGAUGCCAGGUGAUGAACCCAUCAUGACUGUGGAAAAACCACGGGAAAAGACAACUAAAAGAGUAUUCAUGAAAUCUGAUGUUUCUGGACGAAAGAAAUGCAGGCGUUUAAAGAGGAAACUCAGUGACCAGAAAGCUGGAACAUGUGACACUGGAAAAUCCAAGUGCAACAUACCUGGAUGUUUCUUGCUUGAACUUGAGACUUCCAAACGAUACACUGGGAAGAAUUUCAAGCAUAACAGGGAUGAAUUGGCACAGAAAAUCUACAAACUGAUUAACCGCACUGUCUUUGAUCAAAAGAUGCCUGAGAAAAUUGAGAUUGGCUGGAACAAGAAGAUGCUGAAAACUGCUGGCCUAUGCAGCAGUGGUGAGCUACAGUCCCCAGAGAAGCAACGCUUUGCUAAGAUUGAGAUUUCUCUGAAAGUCUGCGACUCUGCAGACCGACUCCGUGAUACUUUGAUCCAUGAACUAUGCCAUGCAGCCUCCUGGCUGCUUGAUGGUGUCCGCGAUUCUCAUGGUGAUAUGUGGCAGAAUUAUGCCAGAAAAUGCAAUAUGAUACACCCAGAGCUGCCUAAGGUCACCCGUUGCCAUAACUACCAAAUUAACUACAAGAUCCUUUAUGAAUGUACUAAGUGCAAGAACAGGGUUGGCCGCUACACCAGAUCACUGAACACCAAUCUCUUUACCUGUGCCAAAUGCAGGGGAAAGCUUGUCCUGCUGCCGUUAACCCAGAAAGAUGGAACCCCCAUCCGGCCCCAUGUGAGGCCAUUUGCCAAAUACGUGAAGGAGAAUUAUGGAAUUAUUUCUAAGUCAAAAGAAGGGAUUACCCAUGGGGAAAUAAUGAAAAGGCUCAGCAAGGAUUAUGUUGCUAAGAAACAAAAAGGAAAUAUUUAAGGUCAUCCAAAAAAGUGUGUUUUUGUAACUUGAAUUCUUUAUUGAUAAAAGUUUUAGAAAAAAGGUCUGCUUCUGUGAAAUUGUGCAUUUUAAUACAUUAAAAAUAUUCAUGUUGUGAGGAGUGUUCAUAACCAGCGGUGCAUUGCUGGUCAGUUUGUACGCCUCAUGGUAAUCUGAGACCCUGUGGAUUCACUUGGGCCUCACUUUAACUGUGUUGCCUUAACACGUGUAACAAAGUGCAAAAGAAAAAUAAGAUUUUGAGAUUGGUAGAUCGAGAGUAAAAUAGUCUGGGAAGAGAACAGCUUUGAAAUGCAGAACACUUCAAAAUCAUGCUGCUGUCAGAUGUAAUCUUAAAAUCUUAUGUGUAAAAGACAAACUGUUUACUGUUU